CAAGAAGAAGAAAGCUGUCCACGAUUUUGCUGUCGUUUACGUGCCUUUAACUUACUAGCGGGGGCUCAUCACAGUUGGCGCUUUAUAAACUGGUUAAGCGACUGGUCCUGCAAAGAGACGUUGAUGAGUAGUGCCUGGCUCUGCAGACAGUCAAACAUUUGGUCAGAUUUAUUUAGGGUUUUUUGCUCUUUCACUCACAGUCUGUGCACCUCAUCUUUGCAUUUUUUUUAAACUUAGAAAAGCCUGACUUUUCUAGCUGUUGGGUAAUGAGUGGAAAUGAAGAUGAAGGAUAAGAGUGAAGAAGGUCUUGUAAAGAGGGAGAAGAAACAGAAGAAAAAACAAGCAUCCCAUCCUGAAAACCACAACUGUAUCACUGAGGACGAAAGCCAAGCUGUAUUGAAAAAAAGAAAGAAGAAAGAUAAUAAGGCUGACAGGGUGGCAGAUGAGGAGGAGUGCAGGAAUGGAAACAGUGAGAGUAAAGAGAAGAAGAAGAAAAAGAAGAGAAACAUUGAGUGUGAUUCUUUGAAUGAUGCCAAUAAUGAUGAUGCCAAGGAUGUAGAAGACAAAAGAGCGAGCAAAAAGACGAAGAAGCAGCAUCUGGUCGAAGACGAUGUGAAUCAAGAAGAAAAUGGGCAAAACUCAUUAAAAGUGGAAAAGAAACGAAAGAAGAAAGUAAAAAAUUUGCAAAUUAAAUCUGAAAAUAUGCAAGAGGAAGAGGAACAUCACAUUGAAAACGAUAAGAUGUCAAAGAAAGACAAGAAAAGAAAAAGGGAUGCUUUAGCUGUAAGCCAAGAGCAGACAGAGGAGCCUGUUGUUAAGAAGAAGGAGAAGAAGAAGAAAAAGGAACGGCAGCUGGCUCUCGAUGAUGGAACAGCAACAGAUAAUGGAUCACUGUUAGGAGCUCAAGAAACUGAAGUUGAGGUGUUACAACUGAAAAAGAAGACAAAGACUAGGGCCAACUUUAAAGAGAAUGGAAAUGAGUUGGAAUCAUCUGAGGAGAAAUGUAAGAAGACACCAAAAAAGGAAGAUAGUAAAACACAAAAUAAGAAAAAAGGCAAAUCUCCCAAUGGUGAGAUUGGUGACAGAGAGGAAGGGAAGACGAAGAAAAGAAAAAAAGGAAAAUGCAGAAUAGCCUCUGUGGAGGAUGCGGAAGUAGAAGCAACGGAGCCGAAGAAAAAAUCAAAAACUGAUGAGGAAGAACCAGCAUUGGAUAAAAGUGAAGAUUUGGAGGAGGACCUGUGUAGUAAUGUCACAGUGACCUCUGAUACUCGGAGCAAGAAAAAGAAAAAGAGCUCUGUGAAUGUAGAGCAGGUGAACAUCACUGGAGCUGAAGCUGGUGCAAAAAAGAAGAAAAAGAUCAAAGGAGAGCAGGCAGACUCAAAGGAGUCUGCCCAUGUCGGGGUAGCUCUAUCGCAUAAGAGUGGAAACACUGACGAUAUCGCUAUCAACCAGGAGACAAGAAAGGCUUUGCAGAUGAAGACUGACAAAACUUCUCAACCUGAAGAACCAGCCAAACAUUCGGGCUUAGGCCAGUGGAGUACUGCGCGGUUCGACAGCACCGAUAAGCAGCAGAAAUUCCUACGGUUGAUGGGCGGCUUCAAAAAAGGUUUACAGCCGGACGUCGCAAGCAGCGGAGGAGCCAAUAUGGCGCUGGGGCAGGAAGCACAGCAGCAGUUGCAGCAAGGGCUUCUGGGAGAGUUUGAGCGAGCCCAGUCGCGGAGAUUGGACCUCAGUAACAGGGGAGCCGGACUUGGCUUUAGUGCACCGUCCAAUAAGAAGUUUUCCAUUGACAUAAACGCAAGCCGAUCAGUCCGCUUUGACGACUGACGUGUGUCCACUGCUGUUUAUAGAUGUAUUUCCUUUUUUUAACUUUUGAUUUGUACAGUUUUUGCUCAGCCCCACUUAAGGGUUCACCUUAUAAGAGAUUUAAAAUGAAUAUUUGUCAAUGAGAACAAAUUGGCUGUUGGUUUUAUUCCCCCGCCCCCAUACCUGCAUAUAUAUUAAUUGUUAAUACUAAGUUUGGCAAAACCUAAAAGCCACAAAUAUAUGCAUUUUUGUCUUGCCACAGAGGUUUUUUUGUUUUUUUUUUUGUGUGCAUGUGUUUGGGAGUCUAUCACCUUCACUAGUCUUCCUGACAGUCUACUGUCAUCAUUGCUUUUUGUAGAGUGAUUAAAAUCCUUGGUUUACAGAUGCAGAAACGGGUCUUUUAUGUGAAUAAUGACGGUUCAGUGACCAGUGUGACGUGUACAAAUAGGUUUUUCUUUGUUAAAGCUA